AUGAGGCUCCGAACGAGCUUGUUGCUCUUGGGUCUGGGUCUGCUCCUGGGCCUGGUGAACUCUCGAGGUCUGUCGACCUUCUCCGGCCCGGCAGCGAUACACGAUCUAGAACCCGCGGCUUCUCACCACCACAAGGGCCACCACCACGAGGAGGGCGGCAGCGGCGAGUCCCACGAGGACCAUCACCACGAGCACGGCGACAAGGGCCACAAGGGCUACAAGAACCAUCACGAGCACCACAAGGGCGAGAAGGGCCACCACGACAAGGAGGGCCACCAUCACCACUACGACGAGGAGGACGGCCACAAGAAGCAUCAUCAUCACGACGAUGGCUACCACAAGGAGCACCACAAGGGUGAGAAAGGCGAGAAGGGCCACAAGUUCCACGAGAAGGGACACUUCGGCAAAGGCCACAGCACCAAGGGCCAUCACGAGGUGCACAAACUAGACGAGUUCAAGAAGGACAAGGACUUUUACGACGAGCAUCACGAUCACGGACAUCACGAGGAUCACGGCGGACACCAUCACGAGCAUCAUCACAAGAAGGGCGGACACCACAAGAAGGGCCACCAUCACAAGGGCCACCACGAGGGCCAUCACGGCAAGAAGGGCCACCACGAGAAGGGACACCAUCAUCACGAUCACAAGGGUCAUAAAAAGGAGGGAGGACAUCACGACCAUCAUCAUCAUCAUCACAGCUACGGCAAGAAGGGCGGCCACGACGACCACAAGCACUGGCAUCACAAAAAGGGACAUUGA